CCCCAGUCUUGGAACUCAACCCAACUGGACUGGAGGCGAACCGACCUGUACGGGCCUUCUGGAGGGUUUACCCAACCCUUACCCUGAAGUCGAAGACGUACUGGUGCCUUCUGCUUGCCACCGCGCGGAGCCUCGAAUGGCAUCAAAGGCAAGAGAUUGGACGAGUUCUGCCUUUCCGAAGCCGGCAAGUUGGUGACGAGUCGGCGAGCCACCGUUGUGGGAGCUGCCGCCGGUUUUCGGGUGAUUGCCAUCGCUGUACCUGUGAGCAGCAGCUGUCGAAAUGGCACCUAAGAGAGGGUCAGGUAGGACCCCUGCGCCGCCUCCGUUCGCGGAGAAGAAGAAGCCCGCGGCUCCUCAGACUAACCCGCUUUUCGAGAAGCGGCCGAAGCAGUUUGGAAUUGGAGGUGCUUUGCCGCCAAAGAGGGAUCUUCAUCGGUUCGUGAAAUGGCCCAAGUACAUCCGCAUCCAGAGGCAGCGCCGCGUUCUCAACCAGAGAUUGAAGGUGCCGCCUGCACUCAAUCAGUUCACUAAGACGCUGGAUAAGAAUCUAGCGUCCAGUCUGUUCAAGAUGCUUCUGAAGUACAGGCCUGAGGAUAAGGCGGCGAAGAAGGAACGACUGCUUGCGAGAGCCAAGGCGGAGGAGCAGGGAAAGACUGUCGAGGUCAAGAAGCCUAUUGUCAUUAAGUACGGAAUCAAUCACUUGACCUACUUGGUAGAACAAGGCAAAGCUCAGUUGGUGGUCAUCGCUCACGACGUUGAUCCCAUCGAGUUGGUGGUGUGGUUGCCCGCUCUUUGUCGUAAGAUGGGUGUUCCUUACUGCAUUGUGAAGGGAAAGGCUCGUCUUGGCGCCGUUGUGCACAAGCACACUGCCACCGCACUUUGCUUCACGUCUGUCAAGAACGAGGACAAGAACGAGUUCAGCAAGAUUGUGGAGGCAAUCAAGGCUAACUUCAACGAUCGCUUCGAUGAUUUCCGUCGCCAGUGGGGCGGAGGCAUUAUGGGUGUGAAGUCCCAGGCGAAACUCAAGGCCAGGGAACGUCUCGUGGCCAAGGAGGCUCAGCAGAGAAUGUCGUAAACACCGAAGGGAGUGAUGGAUUUCCGUCGCCGAUGGGGCGGAGGAGGCAUUAUGGAUUUGAAUCCUAAGCGAAACUCAAGGCAAGGGAAAGUCGAGAGGCCAAGAAGGAUCAUCAGCAGAGAAUGUCGUAAAGACCGGGGGGAGGGCGGGGAGCUCGCUGGUUGUCUUGUUCACUCUUCCGCGCCUUGUAUGACAAAGGAGGUGUAGGGAGAUGAUGAUGACAGUCAUUUCAUCAAGAAAGAUCUUGUGGCUUUUGAAGAAAUAACGAGGUGGAUUUUGAAGAAAUGUGCUGUUGGACACGAUUACGCCUCAGACGAAUAGAUCGAUGAAUGGAUUAGGAUGGGCUGGUUUACGGCCGUCCUGUUUUUUUGCCCCUAAUGUUCUCUCUGUUAUGGCAGUCGAUGGACGUGGAAUUGCAUGGAGGCAGGUGGUGGAUGGGGUGUGGUCUCCGUUGCAGUUUUGAAUUUGUACGUGUUGAUAUUCCGUAUUGAGGCAUGCGGCAUUUUCAAGGAAGGGUGACUUCGUCUUUUUGAACCGUUUUUAAUCGGUUUUGCUUAAACCUGGUAAUUGAUGUGGUGGGUUUUCUUGUUCUCGGAGGGUGAAGAACUCACACCCUAGAUCGGGUUUUGUAAUAGUCAAUGGAAUUGCCUUGCUUUCUGUGUGUGUGUUUCUGUCAAAUGGUCUGGGAUCAAACUGAUGAUUUUUUGAGCGCAAAGAUGGUAAUUCCACUGGUUUUCCGAUUGUCUGUGAGGUGAGCGCUCUCUCUCCAUUUCUCUCCCUCUAUCGCUUUAUGUUGAUUUAUUACAUGUGCGUGAUUACUCUUUUGAGUUCGGUGGGAGUGCUCUCGGGCUUAGCUCCUGCUGCUAUCUUACUCCACCCACCUCCACGAGCUUGCCUCGUUCCCCCUUUUUGCUACGUCUUUCACUGUUCUCAUUUGCCCUUGCUUCCCUUCUUUUCGACUCUGCGUAUCUCACAUUUUCUCUCUGCGCAGCUCUCUCUGCCCUCCACUGUCUCCCUUUUGCUCGCUCGGUCGAUCGCUGCUACUUACGCAUUAUCGUGUCCGCUACUGUUCCGCCUAACACGUGUAUUUUUCGCUGGAAAGAGUCGCUCUCUCUCACCUUUUCGCUGGAAAAAGUCCUCUCUCUCACACACAUGCACACACGUACACACUUACACAGCGGUACACACUCACACAGCGGUACACACUCACACAGCGGUACACAUUCUAAAGGUUAUGUUUACGAAAGCAGUCGCUGGUCUCGAGAAUCGGGCAUUGAAUGCUGACGUGCGCGAGGGGUCUAGCAGGCAAAUUGUAUGUGGAAGUUGAAGAUCAUCUUGAGAGCCAUCAGUCCGUGCACCGGUGAUUUCACCGAUUGCUUGCGCUUGUUGAAUGCCUCGAAGUGAGUUAAGUUAGGCUGCUACCAGAGCGCCAUUAGUAUCGUUGUCCUAUUUCCUGUCUCCUUCGAUUAAGCUCGUCCCUCUCCUUACCAUCUCCUCCACCUCUUCUCUUAACUAAAACGAAAAGCAGAGGGACGAGGAUAGGGUCGGGAUACGCCGGGUGGAGAAGAAGAGUAAGGGUCCGGUCAGAGUGAGAGGGAGAGUUGGUUAAGGGUCGGGAUACGGUGGGUGGAGUCGAAUCGGGUCAACGUGGGGAGAGAUGAAGCAUGAGAGAGAGAGAGAGAGCUGACACGGUGGGGUCACCUUGAGAAGGGUCGGGAUACGGUGGGUGGAGUCGAAUCAGGUUACCAUGUAAAAAAAGGACGCAGGAGAGAGAGAGAGAGAGAGAGAGAGAGAGAGAGAUUCACAGAACGAUUAGCAGUUCCAGUCGCAGUCCUAGAAGCAGCCGCGUGGAUGGAACGAUCAGGAUUCCCACUCAGUCCCACGGAACGAUGACGAGUCCGAGGAGAUUGAGACAAGCAGGCCGACAUAUUGCUCUUCUUGCAACAAAAGUGCAUGGCGCUC